AUGGAGGCUCGAGGAGCAAGCAUAGAUACAAACUCAGAAAGUCCUUCUACAAAUGAGCAAAACAUCCCUACCGUGCACGAAACUGCCAGUGUAUCAGAGGCUGCUGAAAACACUUUUGGGGACUCGUUUAAGACGAUAAGCAGUGCCAUUGCUGCAGUGCUUCCAGACCUUCCUCAAGCAGUUCUUAGUUCAGUGGAAGAUACAUUGAAGGGAUUUGGUGCAGAGACCAUAGAUGAUCUGCAGUACAUUACAGAAGGAGACUUGCUGCCAGUGUUGAAGCCAGUCCAAGCCAGAAGACUUGUUGCUGCUUGGGCCCAGAACAACUCAAGCACUACAACUGCAGCAUUUUCCUCUCCACUGUCCGUCUGUUCCUCUCCACCUUCAGUCUCUCCCUCACCAUCAUCCUCCUCAAUCACCUCAUCCCCCUCAGGUAGCUGUUCCACUUUUGUGGCAAACUGGGUAGAGACAUUCCAGAUACCAUGGCAGAAGCUCCCUGAAGAGUUAGUGCAGAGUUUAGAAAGGAAGGUGAGACCUAGUCCGCGGCUGCGGCGAGAGAUGGUAAGGAUAGUGGUUUCUGAGAUCAUGAAGAUGUGUAAUAAUCCAACCAAACACAACACUACAGAGAUAGGCAAAAGAAUGGUGGCCAAGUAUCCAGAAGCCCUCCAAGAUGUCAUAGAGGGUGAUGUCAUUGGACCUGGAUAUCAUUCACUGGUAAAGCAACUCCAAGCACGAGUUGAAAAUGUGAAACGACCCAACACACCAAAAAUAAGAAAACGCAAGGUUGCACCAGAUGAGUCUGAUACUGAAGAAAUUCCAGCUGAACAAAAAGCCAGAGUUCAAGACACAUAUGGCUGUAUAAACUGGGAGCCGAAAUAUUUGCCACUCUCUGAGACUAUGGAGAGUCAGCAAGAAAAAAAAAACAAGAUGAAGGAGAUGUUUGAAGAGAUUGACUUCAAUGCAGACAAUGUGAAAAAGUUAAUACAGUCCACCUAUUACACACAGCGUAAAGACAUCAACAAGGGGACAAGCAUCCAGAAACUCAGCCAAGAGUGGCCCUUUUUGUUCAAGGAAGCUGGUAUGGUAGCACACUUCCAAGAACUUACUGGUCUGAGUCUAAUGGAUACUUUCCUUGGCAAUGUGGAGAAAAAAGGAAGACGCCUCUUAAACUUCUUCAAGAGUGUUGAUGCACAAAAACGCAAACAAGUCCUGGAUGCUCUUCUCAAGUUUCAGACUGAGCUGGGCCAUUUGGAUGGUUGCUCACAAGACCUUGUAAAGAUGGUACUUCUUUUACUGGCUCAUUUUGGUGAGAAGGAGGAGAACCUGCUCCAAUACGUUGAGGAGACAUGCCUGGCCCAAGAGGUUCAGAUAGAGAAGUUGCCGGCAACACCCUGCAUAAUUGUGUGUGGGUCCUGUUGCUUUUCUGCUGACACAUUCAUGUUGAGCAUUGACCAAAAGGUUGUCAACGACCACAUCACUUCCUUCACCUCUGCCGUUUGCCUGCUGUUUGGGAGUUUCUAUUGCUUCAACAUACACUACCCAGUGGAACUACGAUCAACACUAGAGUUUCUCCAAAGGUGUUUCUUCUCAAUAAAUCCUGAGAGAGGCACCAAAGUCGAGCGGAAUAAAAAAAAGAAAGUACUCUCAGUCAAUCCUAGAGUCCUCACUCUGAUUGCAGACCUCGCAGACCAUGAGUGGACAUAGACACACCCUAUUAACCCUUUAGGGACAAGUGGUUAAGGUAUGAGUGGUUAAUGUAUGUUCAGGUAUACUGGAUGUUCAAGUAUACAUUAUGUUAUGGUACACUGUACCUAUUUUGGUUUUAAAAUUGUACCACAAGGUAAAUUGAAAGCCAGUGUUAACUUUUUGUUGGAAAAUGUCUGGUGGUUUCUAAAGGUACGUGUUUAGCUUCACUGAGAGCGAUCAGUGGAUUUGUGCUAAUGAAUCCAGAAAUGUCUUUGAUGGCACUUUUUUUUCGUUUACAGUCUUUAAGGUAAUUGUUUGGUGAAUUCUAUAGUUUGUACAAUUUCAAACCAAUGCUGUUUUGCAACUUCACAGAAGUGGAAUAACUUUCCUAUAUUUCAAAAUGUAAGAAGAACAUGUUUUUUGUGGCCAAUUGGUCGUUCAGGUUUAUUGAGUAGAAUAAGUGUUGAAAAUAUUGUAGUCCCAUGUAAAUCACGCUUAUGUGAGUCACUCCUUCAGAGAGUCAUAGUGGAUUAUUUGUCUGCCAGGGGAUUAUUAAAUGCAAUUUACAGUUCACUGUAACACAGCUGCUGACUGUUUGCGGAGUUACACAUAAUAGCCUGACUCAAUCUAUUGAGUCAAAACUCAAGCUGUUAUAUGGAGUUUUGUCAAUAAAGUUUGUACAAAAAAAACUAAAAAAAAACUUCUCAUAUGCUGUUGAGGCUUUUUGUUAUACAGAAGUGGGUAUGGUUGCCAGGAAAGGGGUAAAUAAGGUUUAGCUAAAUUUUGAUGCUAUAAAAACAGCUAUGGCCAUUUUCUUUCAAGAUAUUUUUUGGGCUUUUAACCUUUAUUUGAGAGAGACAGCCUAAGAUUGACAGGAAGGUGGGGGAAUGACAUACAACCACAAACAAGAGACCUUGAGCAUUUAGAGGAUGGGUGGUUAACAAUAAGGGAAUUUCUAAGCAAUUCACAUAAGAGAAGUGCUCCCCAUCCAGUCGC